AUGUGGGACCUCAGGACGUGGUACGCCAAUCUACGGACAAGUGUUGGUGCCACUGAGAGGGAACAGCAGACUGCAGCACGGCGUAAAUACCAGACAGCUACGAAGAUCCUUUCUAGUGUGCCUAAGGAUUUCGCGGGAUGGAUCACCUCGUGGGAGAUGGCCACCAACCAUGCGCUUGUGAGAAAAACCGGAGGAGUGGAAGACCCCAACACCUGGUUUGAAGAUUUGACGAGAGCCAUCCAGCCAAUAUUCGGCGGUUGGGUCACCAUAUACGCUGGAAUCUACAAGGUCAAGCUUGAGGAGAAAACAUUGACGAUUGGGGAGGUCGCGAAGGACCUCAGGAAGGAGGCCGAGCGAAGGGAUCUCCUUGGCCUUCAGGAGAAGGGAUCACGACUCACCAGAGGCGUGUUUGGCCCGACCUUUGCAGCAGGCCAAAGCCAAAGCAUGUUACCUCAGCUAGAGGCUACACCAAGCAAUGAAGAAGGCGACACACAGACCCGAAACCAAUCUACGGGCCGGAAGCGUAAGCGCGCAUUCUCGCCAGGGAGCCCCGAUGUGGUCUGCAAGGCCUGUGAAGGUGCUCAUGGGCUGGAAAACUGCUACUAUGUGUUUCCGAAGAAAGCCCCAGCAUACUUCAAGGGAAGAAAGCUGAUACGUGACGCGGUUGACCAUCGCGUCAGAAAUGAUGCGUCUUUGAAAGAUGAGAUCAGCCGCAUUAAGAGAGUUAAGCCAGUCGAGGAGAUGGAUUGA